GCCGCUGUUGAGCUGAUCCAGAUAUGAACUCCACUACAUUGAACAGUCAAGCUGCAAUAUUUAUUACACUCACUUACUUUAGGAUGAAGCUGCAUACAGUUUUUCUGAGCCAAUUCCUUUCUUUAAAAGAAGUGAAUUUGUGGCUUUCAUGUAAUCUUUUUCUUUCCCUGUUUUUAUAAUGUAGAAUAUAUUCAUUUUUGUGCCCUUGGUAAAUUUAUACUUGUGUUAAAAAUUGGAAUUAUAAAUUGAUAGAAUUAGACAUGUUAAUGAAACUGUCAGACUCAGACACACAUUUAUAAAAAAAAUGGAAAUGUCUUGAAUGAGAACUCUAUAUCUAGUUCAGAAAGUCUGUAAUUGUCUGGUUUGAAUCUCUCUUUUUACUCUCCAUGUCACAUGUAUUAUCUCAGUCCAACUGCCAUAGUAAAGGUUGGUAAUAUUUCUCCAAAAGCACGGAUAUUUAUUUAUAUUUGUUGCUACUUUAUGAUUCUUUACAUUUGGUUUUCAAUUUUGGCUACAAAUACCAGCCUUGGUUGCCACAAAUACAGCAGGAGAUGCCCUGAUACCCUCUUGUUAAAAACAUACGUGCCGUAUUCUAAAGCUGUUGUUUGUUUACCGUCUCUCUGCAUGAGUGUGUGAAUAGAGCUCUUUACUCUGUGGCUUUACUCAUUUGUUUGUUUUGCUGGCGUAACAUGCAGCUGUGUAAUGGGUUGUAGUGUGUGGAUUUAAAUUGCCCAUCGAGUUUCUUCAGCUGUCGUUUGAAAGAAGGGAUCUGAGGAUAAAAUCAAUCCUUUUUAUGCAGAACGUUUAAAUAAACAGCUGCACAUCCAAUCAAAACUCAUUAGUUUGGGAACUAUUGUUAUCUCAGCAUUGCGUAUCACUGAAUCAGAUUUCAAGUCUGAUUUUUGAAAAGAUCAGAAUAAAGUUUACUUUUUGGGUUUAUGGUUGGAAAAUGUUUAUGUCAUGGUUGACACUAGAACGCAUCAGACAUCAUUUGAGGUUCACAGCCUCUCUCUCUCUCUCUUUCUCUCACACACACACACACACGCACACACACACAAACAGAGCUGUUUUUGAUAUGCACCUGCUUUGACUUCAUCGAGGACAGGUAACCACCCAUCCAACUCAUUCCAUUACGAGAAGGGAAGAGGAACAACGCGCACAUCUUCACUCCGUGUUUUUAAAUUGCUUUGUCCAUAUAAUCAACCAGGGAGCAGCUACAGAUUCUGCAGGGAGGCAGGCAAGUGUUUUCACCAUGGCUCCAAAGGGAGGAACAUUGGUCCUUCUCCUCAUUGUGGCCUGUGCAGCCAUGGAUGAUAACUAUAAUACAAGACCUGGAAAUAAACCGGAUUUCAAAGACAUGGCCAAAAAACUGAUGAGGAAGUGCAACGAUAAGGGAUACCCGUUGCCAAAGAUGAAUCAGCUGAGAACUGUCUUCAAUAGCAGUGACUCGCCCAUGGACAGAACGUCCGGCCAGUCGAACACCUACUUUUCGACUUUUAUGAAGCUCCUGGAUUCAGUCUAUCCUGUCGAGAACUCACUCAGUGCCAUGCACCCCAUGGAUGGUAAAAAGCCAAACAGGAUUUGGAAUUGCACCAAUCUUCCAACCAUGAUUAAGAUGAUGAGGAACUCUUCCGAGGCAUCUGCAUGUUACAUGCGUGCAUUUGUGGCCCCUCAGUCCUGGGAGGCUUUGACCACACAGAGUGAAGACAACAUGGACUCAGAUGACUAUGACGAGCUGCUAUGGGCUGCCAAACCGGCACUGGAGGAUAUGCCUCCUUCAGAAAUGAGGCUUCCAGUCACAGCAACUCUGCAAAAAGUGAAAAAAAUGAUGACGGUGAUGAAGGAGGAGCGUGAGCGCAUGUCUGAAGACAAAAGGAAAAAGGUGGCAGAUUGGAUAAAACAGCAGAUCGCCCAGAACAACUUCAACUGUACAAUGAAGCCAUCAUCUGACGCGAGAUUAAAGCAAAUGCCGCGCUGUGGACCUGCACUGAAGUGGCUGAACUGUGAGGCGAUGGACAUGAUUGGACAAUACCUCCCGCAUUUAGAGGCAAACGAUGUUGAUUCUUCUCCCAAAGAAGAGCUGCUUGAAUGCUUCCGCUCAGGCAAGAUUGAAUUUGCCUUCAGAAAUGAUUCUGAGAUGAAGCCCAGCCUGGCCAAGACGUUUCUCCGAAAAAUACAAGAGUCCUUAGGUCCAAAAGAGUUUGAAGAUCGUUUGGAAAGACUCGGCACACUCGUCUGUCAUUUGAAAAAGCCUCCAAAAUUGACUGCUGAACUCAGCAGUAAACUUCUGCCCCAGCUUAACGCCUGCAAUGACUCCAGCAACCCUGGGAUCAAAAAGCUGAAGAAGUUAUCUGCCAAACUUUUGAUGUCAAACUCCAGCACUGCUAAAACGCUACUCGAGCUGGGCAAAAGUGUGCAGGCGUUGCCCCCCAAAGAUCUGCCAUCCGUCACGUGGGAUGAUCUCAAAUUGUUCGAAAGACUCGAUCUGACAGUGGCCCAGCAGCGUGCCGUGGUCAGGCAGCUGAUGGGGGGGGGGAAGUGUGAAGAGGUAUCGGAUACGAAACUGAUGGACCUUCAGCCGGUUCUAGGGGGUUUGCCUUGCUGUGUCGUCAAGCGCAUGAAAGCCGAGGUGAUGCUGAAUGAGACCGAGACCUGGAAGCAGAUGAGCAAGUGUCAGCUGAAGGCCGUGCUGAAGGAGAUGCGCAAGAAGGUGGAAGCCCUCGACUUGGUGCUGAAGUUGGAUGGCGAUUUGCUUCGCAGUGUUCCUCUGAGAUACCUGGCCAAAGCGAACAUCACCUCCCCAGACGAAGUGAAUAAUAAAACAUGGAGUCAGUCGCAGGCACUUUUAUUGGUCAAAAAGUUGCACACGGAAAAGCUGUUUAAGAUGAGGGGGCUGCGUUCACUCGCUCAGGGUAUAACCAGUGAAAUGAUCAACCAACUACCAGACAACGAAGUUCAAAAUGUGACGCAGAAUCUAUCAGACGAUCCGAAGUGGCUCUCCAGGAGGCUGGCUUUGUGGCUUGCCAAAAAGCUUUUUGCGACUUUAGAGAAACGGAGAGCUGACUUCUUCAAAACCAUCACUGAGGAGGAGAUGGAUGAGAUUCCCUCACUGUUACUUCCUUUCCUGCCUCCUGAGAAUUUGAAGGAUUUGCCUGACUCUGUGUGUGACAUCUUCCUCAAAAAGAUGGAAAAGGCCAACGUGUACUUGUUAUCUCUAAGUGAUGGUCCUUCUCGCAGCGCACUCGCCAAUAAAAUCCUGUCUUGCCUGGGGGGAGACGUAUCCAGACUGACCACUGAGGACGUGGACAGCUUUGGACCGCUCUUGUGUGAGUUCAAUGUUUCCCAGCUCCGCCAAAUGGCCCCCGAAGUCCUCAACGCCAGCCUCCUGGCCAUGGCUGGCCACCGCCACUUUCCUCAACGCAACUGGACGGAUCUAAUUCAGCUGGUCAAAGAGACUUUUGGGGAUCCAUCUACCUGGUCGGCUGAGACCAUGGAAGAUCUGUCUCCCCUCCUCCUUUUGGAUGAUGAUGCCAUAUCUGCUCUGCCCAAUGAGCCUCCUGUGAAAGACAUUCUCUUUUUCCUGAUGCCGCGUCUGACCCGAAUCUCUGCCGCACUGAGACAGAAGAUGUUUGAUCUCAUCACCACCACCACCGCUGCAUCCAACAAUGAACGUAAAAAGAGAGCAGCCAACAGUGGCGGCAGCACUUCAGUACCGACUGUGGAGCUGAUUGAAGAAUUGGAAAUGCUCAACGUCCAGUGGACACCUGGCGAGCUGGAUCAAAUGUCAGCCAAAACCUUCCGUGAUAUGGUAGAAACACUCGGAAGCGUCGAUAACUACAGCGCAGACCAACUGGCCGUACUCAGUGACAAAGCAGUUAAGGUCUUUGGCCCAGUGUCACAGAUGACUGAGGCUAACGUGAUGGAGAUGGGAUGUAUAACUCAGGGCUUCUCUGACGCAGACCUGGAGAUGCUCCCCUUCACAUCUGAGGCUCUGGAGGACAUUGCCCAAUGUGGCUGGAAUGAGUCCCAGAUGGAGACGGUGUGGAAGGGUUUCGCUAAAUACAACAACCUGACAGCGGAGCAGCUGGAUGCUGCAGAUAUGGUGGCACUAGGCCGGUUCAUCUGCGGCCUGAACUCCACCGAGAUCGAACAGCUAGACGGAGACGCCUUUACGGAUGCUGUUGGCUCAAUGGAUGUGCAGUGCUCCUACAAGGUCAUGGAGCACUUUAAAAGUCUUGCUGCAUCCGUGUUUGGAGAUCCCAGAGCCUGGACUUCAGCACAAGUGUCUGAGCUGAAGACUGUCAUUGCUGGGUUGGAUGCGACUGAGUUGAUGUCUUUAGACAAGUCUGUCUUCCCAUUUAUCAGCAUGUCGUGCAUCCCUCUCAUACCAGCAAGAAACUUUGCGGCUCUCUCUGUUGAGCAGCUGCAGGCUCUUGGACCUGACAACAUUGCAGUGAUAACCAGUGAACAGCUAGCUGCCCUGAGCAAAGAAAAACGGGAGGCUCUUGAACCAGGCACGACAGGAUCUCGCGAUCAAACUCAAACCCCUGAAGAAUCAGGAGCUCCGUCGAUGAGUGUCGAGGGGAUCGCAUCCUUCAUGAAGCCCCUUCUGGUUCUCCUCACGGGGUUCCUGCUGCUGUGAGAUCAGAGAGCCACAGCACACUACUGCUGGACCAGCAGAAGCUUCAGUUAACCACACAUACACGCACAAGUUAUCAUUAUAGUGGCAACGUGUCAUUGUCGAGGACGUGUUUCAUCAUCUCAUGAUGUGAGCAUAGUGGAGUGUAGCCACAAUAUAAUCAAAUGAGCUGGUGAGAUGUGUAAGGAUCCUUUAUUAUUACCUUUAGUCAGGUUUACUUUUAAAUAUUCUGUCUUUAUAUUUAUAAGAAAGUUUAUUUUGAAAGAAUAAGAAUAUGUGACUCGGAUGGCCUGUAUAUGGGAUGUCCGAUACUGUACUGACAAAAUGGAAUAUGAUAAUUUAACUCAAUAAAGAAUAUUAAUACACUUGAAGAAAAAAACAGGUUAAAAAGGACAUUGUGACAUUUUUUUAUUUAGCUUUUUAUAUAAACAUUUGGUUAGAAAUGGUCUUGUCAACAGAACAACGUGUGUUAAAGCGUUGGAUCAUCUCCUGAGAAAAGAAACACAAGCGUGAAAAGGUUCACUGAUGACUACAGCACAUUAAAGGAACAGCUGUUUUUAGUUUGUUUUUUGUUUGUUUUUUAAAUAAAAUUAAUUCAAACGCAUGAAUAUUAGCUCUAAGUCUAUGGAUCCUCGUAAGAGGCGUAACACUAAAAAUAACACUAAAAAUAUAAAUCAGAACACCACACUCAAAAAGUGUUGGACCUCUACAUGCCAAGCAAGCAACAAUGCUAUCACACUGUUCUGAUUUUUAAGUUUCAUGUCCUUCUGUGCUGAUGCCAAGUCGUGACCUUUCCAUCAAUAACUGGAUCUGUGCUGACAGUGACUGAAGAGAAAGUUAAAAAUACAACAUAUUCUCACAAAAGCAUUCAGAAUCGACAUGAUCACAUACAUACUAAUCUUUUUACAGUAAUCAUUUAUU